AUGCACACUGGUAAAGUGAAAGAGAUACUCGUGUCUUGCUUGGAUCAGACUACCCAGAAAUCUAUUCGAAAUAUUUACAGACACAUUGUGGGUUCUUACAAGACGUAUGUUAAGAAAGUUCUUCAUGGAAGGGCUUGGUGCGGAGCAAAGGUAGAAGAAGUGACCUGAAUUUUGGUUUUGCGAUAGUUUACGUAACAUCAAAACCAUGGAUGACCCUUCUGCGGUGAGAGACCGUUAGACAAAUAGACUAGGAAACAUAUUUUUGUUUAUUUUAUGUUGUAUACCAGGAACUCAUUUCAUUUUCUUUAGACAGCCAGUAUGUUUACGGUUUUGUAUUUUCAUCUCCGCCUUACAAUGUGUAAAGGGGCCAAUUAGUUGACCCUCCCUUCUUGUACUAUAAAUUCUAACGUUUGUAAAUUCUUAUUCGAUGUACAGUCCGCAGGCCGCAAGUUUGUUAUAUGUAUAGCUGUAAAAUCUGGCCUUCGUCAAAACUAAGAAAGCUGAUUAUUAGCCCUUUUUGGACCACAUUUUCUUCAUUUUGAAUUUUGUUUUGUGUGUUUUCUCAUUCACUUCCUUUGCGGCUCUGUCGAAGCGUGAUUGUUAAGUCGAGUAUUGUGUAUUCUGACAUCACCUAGGAAAACAGGGUAUUAUGCUCAAAAUUAUGCUCUGUUGGUGGUAUUAUGCUCCUAAUUUAUGCUAGACUAAAGUAACACUAUUUUACAUUCUUGGACUAAAUAGAUGGAAAAUUUAUACCCCCCUUUCUCUCCCCCCCCCCCCCCAAAACAAGAAAAAAAAAAUGGCCGAGUUUGGCUUUUGCGCGGCUCCUCCCUUGAUUUGGGGGGGUGUUUUUUUUUUUAAUUAUCUUUUCCACCAUGUAAAAAGGUAAUUGUGAAGGCAGGCUUUUUAACUGCAGAGUUUUUACCUUUUUUGAUUCGUUUUUAUUUUUUUUUAGAAAAAAGAAUUGGGAUAUUAGUAGAAUUAUAUUGUGUGUUUGGUUUUGUUAUUUUUAGUAUUCAGAUACCUAAAUAUACAAAUUUUUAUUAAUUAAUCCUAACACUUAGGGAAUUUUUACCCCCCUCUCACUCCCCCCCCCCCCCCCCAAAUCAAGGAUAAUAAAAUGGCGCAGUUUGGCUUUUGCGCGGCUUCAUCCUUGAUUUGGGGGGAUGCUUGUUAUUGUAAUUAUCAUUGAUGACAGUGAAAAACGUAAUUGUGAAGGCAGGCUUUUGAACUUCAGAGUUUAUACCUUUUUUGCAUCGUUUUUAUUUCUUUGUAGAAACCUGUGUUUGUUGGCCUUGGCGUUGUCAUGGUUACAGUAGCGUUUGGAUUGAUCACGUACUUCUUUAAAAAGCAAGGGAAAGAUGCAAGACCAGUGGCUCUUGAUCCACAGAAGAAGAUUCCUUUUAAACUCAUUGACAAAAAGGUGUUUAAAUAUUAAGUUGUGUUUUAUUUGGUGAAACAAAUAUGUAGCUAAAACAAGAUCAUUAAUGAUCAGGACUGUGCUGUAGCAGUGCCUCAAGACCCCUUGUAUUGGCAUUUUUGCCCUUGGGCAACAAGGAAAUCCAGAACCCCCAGAUUUCAAUGUGUUCCCUAUGAAAAAAAUAAUUUUAACUGUUGUUUGUUCUCUGAAGAUUGUGAGUCAUGACACGAGAAGGUUUCGCUUUGAGCUGCAGUCACCUGAACACAAACUUGGACUUCCUGUAGGUAUGCAUCUGUACAAUGUUCAAUUUUUUUUUUGGUGAAUUAGUAGAACUUAUAUUAUUAUUGGUAAACUAUGUUAUAAUGAGCAAGAGUGUUAUUACUUUCUUUCAAUGAGCAGUGUCUGAACAACAAAGAGUCAAAUUAGAGAAAAUGAUUGCAAAAGGCUAGCCUGUGAAAGCAUCCUUUUCUCCUUAGAAACGAAUACUUUCGCAGGCUAGCAAAAGGCAUCUGAUACCUUGGGACUAGUUGAAUGACUUGUAGCAGGUUUGCAAAUUUAAGCGAUAUAAUAAGUUGCAAGUUGCCGCAUGACGGGCAAGCAAAGAAAAACUACAAAUAACUAAAGUUUGGGCUAUGACUCAGUCAGAACUCUGGGAGAGCUAAGAAAGCAACAUUUGGGUAUUGUAGGUGAACUGCUGUUCUGAUUUUUAUCUCACCUUAUAUCAAAUUAGACGCAGACAUAGAAAUGCCUUUAAUGUUUUUAUGGACUUAAUUUACCCUAAUAUCAUCCUCAUUGUCAAUGUCUCUGUUUUCUUUGGUUUUUUGAUCAGGAAAUCACAUGUAUCUCAGUGCCAAAGUUGAUGAUAAACUUGUGAUCAGACCGUACACUCCUGUUACAUCUGAUGAUGAACUGGGUUAUUUUGAGCUGGUUAUUAAGGUAACUUUUUGACAGCUGACUAUUCAUUAACAUUGUAUCUAAAUUUAAACUUAUCUGUCGAGGAGAUUGUUUCUAUUUCCGUGAAGAAAGUAAACCUUAAUGUUUUGGCUUUCAAACCUUGUGGACAUGGCAUUGGUUACAUAGUGAUCAGGGCUUCAGUAUUAGCUGAAACCUUUUAUCUUUGUUGUAGAUUAUUAAUAGAGAAAAGUGUAAUUUCUUCAGAAUUAUCUUGUUACUUUUUUCAAGGAAGUUUAAUUUCUUCAGAAUUAUCUUGCUACUUUUUUCAAGGUUAUAGAACAUUCUUGGACUGAAUGACUGUUGAAAAUUUUCUUUUUAAUUGCUUAUUUCAUUACUUGAAUUUAUUUCUUUGUUUUAUCAAAAUUUGGACCUUUCUUCUUUUUGUUUCAUUCAUUUGUUUAUAGUAAAAUCAAAUCAAUCAUGUGUCUUAAUAUUAAUCAUUGUCUUCUCUCAAAGUCUUAUCCACGUCCCUUUUGGGAUGCUCAGUGCAGAUUAUGUGUGAAACUGAAGGUGGCACAGUGAAACCUCUAUUAAGCGGACCCCCAAUUAAGCAGACACCCCCUAUUAAGCAGACACUAAGCUGGAUACUGAAGUUAACAUGUUAUAUUUCCCUUCGUAAUGAACCCGUAUGCAGUGGACACCUCUAUUAAGUGGACGCAGACACUAAAAUUGUAUUUGGCUAAUUUCUAUUGCUAAUAACCUCUAUUAAGCAGACACUGGACUGAAUUGACAAUAUUGGAUUACGUCCUUGAAAUACAUACUGUAGUCAAUUAAUAAUGCGGAUAAAUCAAUACAUUUAGCUGUCAAUAAACUGUAGAUUAGACCGAAAGUCUCGCACAAAUUACAGCACAGCUUCCUUAGCUUCCAUGACAACAUGGAACUUUAUCACAGUACAGCAUAACCCUUGAAAGUUUAAUUGUUAACAAACAUUGUGCAAUUUUUACGAACCUCUGUGAAGUGGACACCUUCUUUUAAGCAGACUCUUGGGAAGGUCGCGGAGGUGUCCACUUAAUACGGGUUUCACUGUAUUAGGUUUAGGGUUUAGGGUGAGGGAUCCUUAGUCAUAUCUGCAACUUAAACCAUCUGCCUUUUGGUUCAGACUUUAAGCCUAAGAUGACCAAGAGAAUUGACCAAGAGAGAUACUGGAUACCUGGAUUUAAUACAUGUGUAGUGUGUAAUGAGAUGGUUUUUUUUUUUAUUUCUAAUCCUGUUCAAUAUUGUGUUAGGUUUACUUCAAGAAUGUCCACCCUAAGUAUCCUGAGGGUGGAAAGAUGUCCCAGUACUUGGAUUCUCUUGAGAUUGGUGACACUGUUGACAUUAGAGGACCAUCUGGAAAGCUGACAUAUGUAGGGAGGGGUAAGUAAAUUUUGUAUGGUGCUGUUCAACAGGGGAGGGGCUGGGGCAAAAGUCUUUCAUAACAUUCUUUUUAAAUGUGGCAAGCUUACAUUAAGUAAUCAUUUUGAUACCUCUCUAGGAAAAUUUGCAGUCAAGGAGAAUACAAAAGAUCCUGUGAAGUUCAGAACUGCAAAGAAUGUUGGCCUAAUUGCUGGGGGAACUGGUAAGACAGGAAAUUAUUAUUUUAUAUUUCAAUGUGCUUGAAGGCUACCUGAAGUGACAGUUGGCUCUAUGCAAUAUUAUGAGAUUUAGCUGAACACUAGUUGUCCCAGGGACCGGGACCACUGUACCAUGUGUUCCAUGCUGCCUGCAUUUAAUGCAAGCCUUCAUAAUUAUACAAUAAGAACUUUGUAAACGUACUUGUUUGAUUUUCAAACAUGCAUGGGUGGACGAGGAGGUCUUUGAUAGAGACAUGACUUAAUUUGGUCAAUUCUCUCUAAUACAUACACCUUUGAGACCAGCACUAUAUGUGCGUCUUAGCGAGAUGUCAGUCUAAUAGAGAGUCUGCUGAGUAAAGAAAGGCAGGGACCAACUCUAGGUGUCUGUCUUAGUAAGGUGUCCAUCUUAUAGAGGAGUCUGUUACGAAAAAGUUGACUGUGGAUAAUUUUCCAGCCAAAAAUGGGUUGUGUCUGAGCAAAACAUAGAGUUGAGAAGACAACUUGACCUGCAUCAGCCACAAAAUUAUUUCAAGGCCUGGUAAGAAAAAAAUCAUGCCUCCUAGCUUGGCAAGUCAUUUUCAGGUUGGAAGAGGAGGUGCUAGAAUGUGGAGCUACCAACCUUUAGCCCCUGCUGUGAUGUAGUGUUGAUGUUAUUUUGUUUCUUUGUUGUGAAUUCUUAAGGCAUAACACCCAUGCUUCAGAUCAUCAGUGCAGUUAUCAAAGAUAGCGAGGAUAAGACCAACAUUUCACUCCUGUUUGCAAACCAGGUUUGGGUGAUUUCCAUUCUUUCUUCUUAAAAUCAAAGAAAUGCACAAAAGUCUGGAUUGUGUUGUUAGUUAAAGGGUUCAUUCGAUAUUACUGUAAAUUUUCCUUUUUUAGACAGAGAAAGACAUCCUGGUAAGACCAGAGUUGGAGGAGUUAGCUAAGGAGUGCCAGAAUUUUACACUGUGGUACACCCUUGACAAGCCUCCUGAAGGUACAAGUCUUUUUGCUGCUGAGGGAGGAGGAGAGGGAGGCCAGGGAUGCCUGAGUAGUAUUGGGUAGCUUUGGAAUGAUCAAGGCUGUGCUCUAAGAAACGCUGAAAGGUGCCAAUGCACUGAGCCUGUGAAAUCCAGGGUGCCCAGCAUACAAUUUCUAUGAAAAAAAAACUAAGAUUUUGUAAUAACCCUGUUGCAAAAGUUAGGUGCCUGGGGCCUCUAGGUGCUGCAAGAGCACAACCUUAUGAUUAAUGUUGCUUGACAUAAUUGGCCAUUCAUGCAAACAGUAUUUUUCACACCAGGCAUGUAUUUCAAACUUGGCCUUGUAGACCUGACAUUUCUUUGAAUUUUCAGUUUACUUGGGCGUGCUAUUUCUUAGAUAUAGUUUGUUAACUCUUUUUCACGGCCUGUAUCUUACCCACAUAGCGUAAGCUUGUUACACCACAAAUAAACGCGUGAAGGGCUUAUUAACAAUUCAAAAGCCAAUAUUUCAUGUUUGCUUCAGAAGAAUAGUCACUCAUGGAGGUUUGACUGUAAUUGUAUUUUUUCUGAUUUUUUUUCCUAGGCUGGCCUUAUAGUUCAGGAUUUAUUAAUGACACAAUGAUCAAGGACCACAUGCCAGCCCCGGGACCGGAUACUCAGAUAUUGAUGUGCGGUCCUCCGCCCAUGAUCAACUAUGCUUGUAUUCCCAACCUAGAGAAACUUGGUUACACUCCUGAUAUGUAUUUCCCUUUUUAAGUGCAUCCUGAGCACUCUGCACAGGAAUACCAUCUUCUGAGUGGUUCUUCUGUUUUGUUAGCUGUUGAUAGCUUGUGUGGCAGAUGCUGAUAAACGUUUGUCGAGCGCAUGAAAGAUGCAGAUCCGGCCUACAGUCGUUUUGUACAACAAUAAAUCUUCUUCUCCUCUCUAGCUUCUGCCACGCAGGCUAUUGCAGAGAUUAGAUGGUCAAAGAAGAAAUGAAUUUAAAUGUGUUGUAGUUUUCACAAUCUGCUUUCACCUUCUCUUCAACUUGAUUUUCCUUGCUUUUCUUACCACCCUUGUCUUUCACUAUGGAGUCUACCAGUCUGCCACGACUAAUACAUGUUUGAUAAAAAGACAAGAGACAAGACUGAGUCUCGAUCAACCUGAAAAAUUCUCUAGCGAGAAAAAUCGGGAUGUUAAUUAAUUUGUUAUCUGUGCAGGUUGUUUCUCAAGUUAAAGAAAUUCCCAGUAUAAAUGAAUCUGAGACAUGACAAGCCAUUGUCUCCUUUCCUUGUCCCAAUUUUUUCCUCCACAACUGAAAAUCAGUCAUGUCGGUCGACCAGAUCUUUUAACUGUGGAAUAAAAUAAAC